UCGACCGGCUUGGCCCCUCGUCUAUACAGCUGCUGGAAAUCGCCAUACAAAUGCUGAUCCGCUGCAACUUGCUCCGGCCUCAGGCCGUCGAAGGAGUCGCAUGGCCAGCCCUGAAACGAUACGUCUCUGUUAUGCACCUGGCAAGCGUGUCCUCCCGGCCGUUCGUGCGCCAUCCACCGCACAUUCUUGGCAGGCUGGUGCCGAUUCCACCAACCGGGCAACGGAUUGCCUUGCUGGGAUUAUCGACACACGCAAGGCAGCUCAUGCAGAAGCCCUCUUCGCCGCAAGUCAACGGUCCUGUUGUCACGGAUGCCAUCGCCAAACCAAACCCCGGGCCAGUCUUGGAACACAAAUCUGAUCCCGACACCGAGGCACUGGCCAGCUCGCCGACAAACGGGCAGACAGCUCCCAAGAUCAACGACCACAUCGCCAGGCCGGAAGACGGCCCGGACUCCAAGGAUAACUCGGCGCCACAUGAGCUGCGAUGGAAGGAUGCACCGGCCUUCCAGUUUGGUGUCUACCAAGAGCUCAGCAAAGCCCAGCUCGCUGCACUCGUUGUGCUGACGACCAUGGCCGGCUAUGCCAUGGCGCCGGGGGCAACGGAUGUCGCAACGUUGCUGUGGACGACCGUGGGCACCACGCUCUGCGUUACCUCGGCCAAUUCGAUCAACCAGUGGAUCGAGGCACCGUACGAUGCGCAAAUGGCCCGCACCCGCACCCGGCCGCUCGUCCGGCAUGCGCUGAGUCCCGGCCAUGCGUUCACGGCUGGCAUCACCUCGGGCAUUGCGGGAGUGGGUCUUCUGACGUAUUUCGUCAACCCGAUCACAGCGGUCCUGGGCGGAUUCAAUAUUCUGCUCUAUACCUGCGUCUACACGCCGCUGAAGCGCACGUCCAUCUCCAACACCUGGGCCGGAGCCGUCGUGGGGGCGAUCCCGCCGAUGAUGGGAUGGACAGCUUGCACCUCGACCCUGGACCCUGGCGCCUGGAUCCUCGGUGCAUUCCUGUACGCCUGGCAGUUCCCACACUUCAAUGCCUUGAGCUGGAAUCUGCGACCGGACUACUCCAAGGCUGGCUACCGAAUGGCAUCGGUCGUCGAUCCGGCACUCAACGCCCGAGUAGCCCUGCGUUACAGCCUCCUGCUGUUCCCCCUGAGCUUGGCUGUGCCCUACAUCGGGCUGACGACGCCGUGGUUCAUCGUGACGAGCAGCGUGGUGAACGGCAUCCUGCUGGCGGGCGCGAUCCAGUUCUGGAGAAAGUCGACGGACAAGAGCGCCCGGCAGCUCUUUUUCGGGUCGCUGAUCCAUCUCCCGGUGAUAUUGGCCCUGAUGAUGGUGCACAAGAAGCGGCCCGACGACGACGAGGAGAAGGAAGAGAAACGAGAGGAGACUACUGCUGCCGAGUCUGGCUGAGAGGAAUCGAGGCGGAUGCAAACGAACGCAAAAUAACACCUAUGCGAGGCCGUGAGCCGCAGCUUGGCAAUACAUUGCAUUUGCAUGCCAA